GAGAGCGGGUAGGAUGGAGGAGAGCGGGUAGGACGGAGACCGUUUACUCCCCCAGCUCAGGCAGGGCCAGAGGAGCAACCCCCGGGCCUGGGGCGUCGCUGGAAAAAGGAGGAUCAGGGAUCCAGGCGGCCAUGGCUGAAGCCCACCAGGCCGCGGGUUUCCGCUUCUCCGGGUCCCAGGAGGGCUCGGAAGAGGAGUUCCACCACCAGGCCCUGAGAGAGGUCUACCUGUCCGGCCUGCGCUCCUGGAAGAAGCGGAUUUCCCACCUCUGGUAUGGCUUCCUGGCCGGGGUAUACCCCGCCAGCCCGCUCAGCUGGCUCUUCCUCUUCCUGGCACUGCAGCUCGCCCCGCUGGUCCAACUGGAUCCAUCCCUGGGGAUGGUGGGAAAGAUCAAAGAGCAACUGCCGAGCAGCAGGGAGCCGCUUCUGGAUGGGUUCUGGGGGGCCGUGGCGUCCGGCCUCUUCGCCACGGGGCUGUGGCUAUUGCUGAUCCUGACGCUCCGCAUGGCUCUGCGGCUGCUCCUGUCUUACCACGGCUGGAUCUACGAGUCCCACGGUCACGUCUCCACCACCACCAAGGCCUGGCUGGCGUUGGUGAAGAUUUUCUCCGGGAGAAAGCCGAUGCUCUACAGUUUCCAGGGCUCUCUGCCCCGGCUUCCCGUCCCUGCCGUGCAAGAUACCGUGCAGAGGUACCUGGAGUCGGUCCGGCCCCUGCAGACGGACGAAGGCUUCGAGCGGACGGUGACCCUGGCCCAAGCCUUCCAGCGCAAGGAAGCCCCCCGCCUGCAGUGGUAUCUCCGCCUCAAGUCUUGGUGGGCCGCCAAUUACGUGAGUGACUGGUGGGAGGAGUUCGUGUAUCUUCGAGCCCGCAGCCCUCUCAUGGUCAACAGCAACUACUAUGUCAUGGAUUUCCUCUACGUCAACCCGACCCGGCUCCAGGCCGCUCGGGCCGGGAACGCCGUCCACGCCAUGUUGCUGUAUCGCCGGCGGCUCAACCGGCAGGAGAUCCAACCUAUGAUGCUCGCCGGGUGCCUCCCCACCUGCUCCGCGCAGUAUGAACGGAUGUUCAACACUACACGGAUUCCGAGGCUCGGGACGGACACCCUCCAGCACCGUCGGGACAGCCAACACAUCGCUGUAUUCCAUCGGGGACGCUUCUACCGCGUGGGCCUCUACUCUGCCGGACGCCUGCUGCCUCCCAGGGCCCUGGAGCAGCAAUUCCAGAGGAUCCUCGAUGAUCCGACCCCACCCCGCCCCGGAGAGGAGCAUCUGGGCGCCCUGACCGCCGCUCCCAGGGACACCUGGGCCCAGACUCGUUCGGCUCUUUGGGUCGGGGGCUCCCAGAAGGCGCUGGCGGCCGUGGAGGAGGCCGCCUUCUUCGUCACUUUAGACGACUCGGCCCAGGGGCUGCGGCCGGAGGAGCCGGUCACCUCCCUGGACAAGUACGCCAAAGCCCUGCUGCACGGGAAGGCCCACGAUCGGUGGUACGACAAGUCAUUCACCCUCAUCAUCUUCACCAACGGGAAGAUGGGACUGAAUGUGGAGCAUUCGUGGGCUGAUGCCCCCGUGGUGGGGCACAUGUGGGAGUUCGUUCUGGCCACGGAUAGCUUUGAUCUAGGCUAUUCCUCGGAUGGACACUGCUUGGGAAAUCCAGACCCCACACUCCCCAUCCCCCAGCGCUUAAAAUGGAACAUUCCUGAGGAGGUCUUCCCGUCCAUCUCCCUGGCCCUCCGCACAGCCCGGGCCCUGGCUGCCGACGUAGACUUUCACACCUUUCCCUUCACCGACUUUGGCAAAAGCCUCAUCAAGCGGGCCCGCACCUCACCCGAUGCCUUCCUCCAGAUUACUCUGCAGCUGGCUCACUUCCGGGACCAGGGCCAUUUCUGCCUGACCUACGAGGCCUCGAUGACCCGGAUGUUCCGGGAGGGGAGGACGGAGACCGUGAGAUCCUGUACGCGAGAAUCCUGCGCCUUCGUCCGGGCCAUGGAGGAUCCGGACCAGAGCGAUGCCCAGCGCCUCUCCCUGUUCCGCAUGGCCACGGAGAAGCACCAGGCCCUGUACCGCGCGGCCAUGCUGGGGGCCGGAGUUGACCGGCACCUCUUCUGCCUGGCCGUGGUGGCCCGCUUCCUCAACAUCAACUCCCCGUUCUUGUCCCAGGCACUGUCGGAGCCGUGGCACCUCUCCACCAGCCAGACGCCCAUCCAGCAGUCCCAACUGUUCGAUCUCAAGAAUCGGCCGAACUACGUGUCCUGCGGUGGGGGAUUCGGGCCUGUGGAUGAUAAAGGUUAUGGAGUUUCCUACAUUAUCAUCGGAGAAGACAUGAUCAACUUCCACAUCUCCUGCAAAGUCUCCUACCCCGAGACGGACGCCCACCGCUUUGGCCAGAACAUCCGGGCUGCCCUGCUGGACAUUGCUGCGCUCUUCCAGUUCGGGGAGGAGGCAACCAAGAAGGCAGAGCGCUCCCCGGGGGUGGCACCCCACCUGAAGCCCGCCGGGGAGGCAGGAGCAAAGAGAUUCUGACGCCUCCCUUGCUUUCGAGGAGCUGGUCUCCCUUGGGUGUGGGGGUCCCCCACCAUCGGGCCCCCCUCCCUUAGAUCUCAGGCUUGAACCGGUGGCAACUCCAGCGCUGGGGGACUCCUCGUCAGCUCCUUGGACUCCGCGCCCCCCACCCACCGCCCCCCAAUAAAGCGCUGAA